AUGAUGGCCAAUCCCCGUCCCAUUGAGGAGGACAAGCAGCAUGAAUUGAUGAAAGAUGUUGAUGGUGAAGCCAGUUGUAGCAAGUCACAACUUCCUUUGGGCAGGAAUGCAAGCAGCAGCAGUUGUCUCCCUUCACAGUUACGAUUGAGCGAUUCUCUUGCUGUCAAUGUUAAUCCAGAGCCAUCAGCAUCUUCACACCACUCUAGUUCUCCUGGAAUUGUACUACAUCGUGAACAGGCUACCUCUUACUUGUAUGACUGUUUCUCUGGUCCUAUACUCGGUCCGCCAGAUCAGACUGGUUUGAGUUCAAUGGUGAAAGGAGAUAAUACAGAGAGCAUGAAAGUGGUAGAAGUUGAUACUAGCCGGGGACACAACUUUCACUCGGAUGAACGACCUUUGGCUAAACCAAGCAGUAGCAACAACACUUACAACCUCAAAGUCUGUCCAAGUCCAAUCACCUCAGAAAGCUCGUACAACUUCUUCCAAAUGGCUAUGUAUCCAGAGAAAGUCAUCAAUAUAGAGGAAUUCCUGGGCGUCUCUGACAUCCUUAUUACAGGAAAUGAUGAUGCAGGCAAAAAGAAGAAAAUGAGCAAUAUAGUCCCUACCAUUCCAACAGACAAUAACAGUGGUAGCAGUUGUAGUAAUGCUAUUGACCCAAGUGGCAGUAGCUCAUUGAGUUCUGGUGUUAGUAUGAAUUUAAACAGUAUGGUUGGCCCGAGCACAAGUGGUCGGUUUGCAAGUGUACUCAAUCUGAGUUGCUACAAUGAAAACCUGGACAACUAUUUAAAAACGGGUAACAAUGAAUGCAUGUCCAGUAUGAAUGAAGCCAGCAUGGCUAGUGGAGCAGCUGGUCGUAAUUCUGAGAAUGUGGUCAAUCUAAGCCAACAUGUGGCUUGUCCCAGUGGUAGCAGCGUCACAAAAGUUGUGGUUACUUCAGCUGUGGUUGACCGGCCAGGCAGUAGUAAUGUGGUGAAUCCAAAUGGUAUCAUUGCCUCUACUGGUGUCCACCAUGCAGCUGGAAGUAACCACAAAGCUGUUGUUGUGAAUGUCCCUAACCUUGGUGCGGAGAAUGGCAUUCGGGGUGUGGAAAAUGGUGGUCAGAAAAUUCACAAUGAACAAAUACCAAAUCAAGCAGAGAAUGAUCUGGAAAUGGAAUUUUAUGAAUCUGUUAUUGAACUUGAGAAUGAAUAUAAUGGAAACAACGCAAGAGAAGGCAGGGAGACCAAUUUGAGUUCUUCUUUGCCUUUAUCAAAUGGUAAUAACUUGGACACUUCAGCAACAACUGUAGCCAAUGGGGGUACAGCUCUGAGUGGCUCACCAGCUGCAGAAGGAACAAAUGGCAUGGCUGGAGCUGCUACUCCCACUGCCUCGGAUAUCCUUAAAUGUACCAUCUGCACAAAGACUUUCAAUAGCUUUUUUUCUUUUUCUAUUUUUUCCUCCUCCCCACACACCUGUCUUCAUCUUGUGCAGCAAGGUUAUACUUUUUUUAUUUUCCUUUUCUCUCUACUCCUAGACAGUUUAAAUCUAUAA